AUGGAAGGUUUCGAGCCAACAUCUUCGAGCGUUGGUUACGCGCCGAACCAUGACUCAAUGGUCACCGUCGCGUUGUCCGAUAACCAGUCCAGUUCAGAGCACACCCAACCGGAUUGGCGCACUCUUGAAAUUCCUCCAACCCCAGUGGAGAUGACUCAUCUCGAGAAGGAGAGUGAGGAUUCCUUUGGGCCAAUGCCAUUACGGGACGCAGCGAGGACCACCCCGACUCCCGAAACCACAAGCGCAGAUAAGGCGGGAAAGACUAAGGAAAUGUUUGACAAUGAGGUGAAUUGGGAGAAGCUGGAUAAGACAGAAGAACAAGAACCGCGUGGAGAGGGGUCCGAUGAAUCCACAGCCCUGCUCCUCGCUCGACUCGAACAAGAAAACAAUGCGUUGGUGACCAACCCCAAAUCGGGGAUAUCCGAGGUUCCUCAUGACAAAUACCAGCGGCAGUCCCGCUCCGAGUCACUACACCAUAUCAAGCGACUCAUUCGGGAUCCCGCUCGGGCAGAGCUGCGAUACUCGCAGUUACCCCCUCCUCCAAUGACCGAGUUGGAGUUUUGGGCUGCACUGGUUGCCGAUUACCACCGGACUGCCCAGCGUUUGCCGACAUUGACCUCGAAUAAGAUCCAAGGGGGUGUUCCUCCGCCAUUGCGAGGAGUUGUGUGGCCUAGCCUAGCGGGCGCACGCGAUCCUCAUCUAUUGAAUGAAUUCCAAAGGCUUUCGGGCGAAAGCAGUCCGUACGACGGGCUGAUCGGAAAAGAUAUUGGUCGCAGCUUUCCCAAUGUUGCAAUGUUUCGCGACCCGAACGGCGAGGGUCAACAAAUGCUCGGCCGUGUAUUGCGAUGUUUUAGUCUGUACGAUACUAAGAUUGGCUACUGUCAAGGUCUUGGAUUCGUGGUGGGCCCCCUGCUCAUGCACAUGACAGAUGCGGAGGCCUUUUGUGUUCUUGUCCGCCUCAUGGAUCACUAUAACCUGCGAAGUUGCUAUCUUCCAGAUCUUUCGGGUCUUCACCUUCAUGUUUAUCAAUUCCAAAAUCUUUUGGCACGGCACAGGCCGGUCCUGUUCCAACAUCUCGAAGCACUGCACGUUGAGCCGGUCUACGUAUCGCAGUGGUUCCUCUCAUUCUUUGCGGUGGCUUGUCCGCUCCCUAUGCUUCUCCGAAUUUAUGAUGUUAUCUUUUUGGAAGGCGCAUGCGAGACUUUGAUGCGAGUUGCGCUUUCUCUGAUGCAACGCAACGAAAAGAGAAUUUUGGCUUGCAGCGAAUUCGAGGAUGUGAUGCAACUAUUAUUAUCUCGAAGCUUGUGGGACACAUACGCCUUCAAUGCUGAUGAUCUCGUCAAUGACUUCGUGUCUCUCACCUCUCUCGUGACGAAUGAAAGUCUCCAAAAGCUUGAAGCCAGCUAUAACCAAUCGAAAGGCUCACCCUCCGGACCCUCCUUUCCGCAGAUGCAGGCAACGGCAUCUGGCUUCCUUGGGCGGUUAUGGGCUGGCUCAUCAAACUCCCACAAUUCGGUCAAGUCACUCAGUCCGAAUAGUAGCCCGUCAAGUCAGAACAUUCGUCGCUCUACCUCCAAGCAGAGCCUGACUUCCACUCUCAACUCUAUUGAAACUACGUCGGACGCAAGUACUGCUGCGACCGAACUAUCAGCGCCUGUAGCUAGCGUCGAUAAUCAAAAACCGCGCGCGAAAUCCACCAUGUCUUCACAUCACAAAGACCGCGACCUCCAUACCCAGAUUGAAGAACUUCUGAUGGCCCUCAGCGAUCUUCAACGCCAACAAGCUAACCUCACACGUGAACUGCAACAGGAGAGAGAAGAGCGAGAGGAAGACCACACCCUGGCCAAGGAGAUGUUGAAUCAAAUUAGAGAACAGCCGGCUGAGACACAACCGGCCGAGUUAGUAACGAAAGCCGAAGCACGUUUUGAAUCCGUCCAACCGAAGCGUAUUUCAAUCACCCAGACCAAGCUCCAGCUCAAUGACGAUGUUGCUCGAUGGAAGGAAAUGCACGAGGUGGAAGCCGGUCGUUGCUUGAACCUCACCCGGCGCAUCGACGAUUUUGAACAGGAGAACUCGUCCCUCAAAGAGCAAUUACGAGAAGCUCGGGGCCGGAUUCAAGACGGGUAUCGGGAGCGACAGCGGCUCGAGCGUAUGAACCGGGAGCUGCGGAUCCUCAAAACUCCUAUAUCGGAAACGCCGCUAGACACAACGUAUUCUGCGAUUGAGUCUGGCGAGUCUCAAUCUCCCACUAGUGGUCUGCGCGAGUUCAAGCUCUCCCGCACCAGCUCCACAAAAAGCCCCACUUAUAACAGACGGACAAGCAGCCUGGGUCUCCAGACCGUUUUGUCGACGGAGAAUAACAGACCUGCCGCCGAAGAGACGUUGCUGAUGGAGUUGGUUACUGCCAAGACGGCCGAGGCAGUUGCUCGGCAAGAGCUUGAGGAAGUAAAAGGCAAGUACGAUUCAUUGCGGAGAAUGCUCAAGACCUCCCAGGGGGUAAAUAUUAUUGAAACCCGCCAUUCCUUUGUUGGAGUAUCGCAGUCGCGGAUCAGCUUGGCCAAUGCCCCACCCAAUAACACUGGUGGGGGGUUCUUCAGUGGAUGGGGUCGGCGAACUGCGACUGACUGA